AUCUUAUGUCAUGGCUGAAGCAGUGAGCCUACAGGACCAAUUGGAGGAAGGUUUCGAGGAUGAAUUCGGAGAAAUCAUAAAAACUCGAUCAGAUGAAAGAGAAGAUGUUCAAAAGAAAACCUUCACGAAAUGGAUAAACUCACAGUUUGCUAAGACAAGACGACCCCCUGUUGAUGACCUCUUUACCGAUCUGUGUGAUGGCCGACGUCUUCUUGAACUCCUGGAGGUUCUGGUUGGCCAUGAACUAGUUAAAGAACGUGGUUUCACUCGAGUGCACUCCCUCAACAAUGUUAACAGGGCCCUGCAGAUCCUUCAGAAGAACAAUGUUGAUCUUGUGAACAUCGGAGGAGCUGAUAUUGUAGAUGGGAAUCAUAAACUGACCCUGGGACUCAUCUGGAGCAUCAUUCUCCACUGGCAGGUUAAGGAUGUGAUGAAAGAUGUCAUGGCAGACUUACAGCAGACCAACAGUGAAAAGAUUCUGUUAAGUUGGGUCAGGCAGUCCACUAAAAACUACAGAGACAUCGAUGUGGUCAACUUCUCCAGCAGCUGGACAGAUGGCUUUGCCUUCAAUGCUCUCAUCCACAGCCACAGGCCGGAGCUGUUUAACUGGAGUGUGGUGGAGCAAGAGGAUAAUGCCAUUGAGAGACUGGAUCACGCCUUCAACGUUGCGGAGAAGAGUUUGGGCAUCGACCGACUGCUGGACCCUGAGGAUGUUGCUACAACUCAUCCUGAUAAGAAAUCCAUCAUUAUGUAUGUCACCUCCCUGUUCCAAGUGCUGCCCCAUGGCGUGAGUAUGGAGGCUAUAAAAGAGGUGGAGACCCUCCCUCGAGCUACAGUAACCAAGGAGGAGCACAUACUCUUUCAGACCCAACAGCGUUACUCCCAGCAGAUCACAGUCAGUGUGGCUCAGAGUCAUGUUCGCAGCCCGUCUCCCUCAUAUAAGCCUCGAUUCAAAAGCUAUGCCUUCACUCAAGCUGCCUACGUCAAGACGCCUGAACAGCAGAGGAAGUUUCUCACCGCACAGUCUCCAGACAAGCCAGAUGAACUGCGACCGUCCCCCAGUCCCCUGCCACAGGGGCUAAAUGAGCUGGAAAGCUACCAAAGUGCCCUGGAGGAGGUCCUGACCUGGCUGCUCUCCGCGGAGGACGGCUUGCAAGCACAGCCACCCAUCUCCUCUUUUGUCGAUGAAGUCAAAGAGCAGUUUCACACCCAUGAGGGCUACAUGGUGGAGUUAACGUCACAUCAGGGCAGCGUGGGCCGGGUUCUGAAAGCAGGAAGUGUGUUAUUGUCUGGAGGGCAGCUGACUGAUGAUGAAGAGAGGGAGGUACGGGAACAGAUGAAUCUGCUCAACUCUCGCUGGGAACAUCUGCGUGUGGCCAGCAUGGAGCGACAGAGCAGGCUUCAUGAAGUUUUGAUGGGCCUGCAGCACCAGCAGCUAAAGCAGCUCUCUGAUUGGCUGGACACGACCGAAACUCGGAUUAAAAGAAUGGGAGCACAGCCUUUAGGGCCUGAACUUGAUGACAUAAAGCGUCAAAUUGAAGAGCAGAAACUCUUACAGGAAGAUCUGGAGUUGGAGCAAGUGAGAGUGAACUCUCUGACUCAUAUGGUGGUGGUUGUAGAUGAGAACAGUGGUGAUGGUGCCACCGCGGCCUUGGAGGAAAAACUACUGAUCCUUGGGGAACGCUGGGCAGCGAUCUGCAAAUGGACCGAAGAGCGUUGGAUCCUCCUUCAAAAGAUCCUACUGUGCUGGCAACAUUUCUCUGAGGAGCAGCUGCUGUUUGAUUCUUGGCUGACUCAAAAGGAGGAUUUAGUUCAGUCUAUCCAAAGAAGUGGCACAAAUGACCCAAAUGAAGUAGCCGCCAACCUAAGGAAGCUUGCUAUUUUAAAAGCAGACCUGGAGUUGAAGAGGCAGACCAUGGACAAGCUUUGCUCCCUCGUUCAAGAUCUGCUGACCAACAUUAAGAGCAAAGAGGCCGCUGGGAAACUAGAGGCGAAGCUGGAAAGGUUUGCUCAGCGCUGGGACAAAUUGGUACAGUCGCUUCAGCUCGCCAGCACCAAGUUUUCAACUAUUGUCACCACAUCCCAGUCGGAGCACACGCACACGACCAUGGCAACUGUCACCAAGGUGACCACGCACCAGAAAAAGAUGGUAAAGCAUACUAAGGAGGGCAUGUCUACCCCUCCACCUCAGAAGAAGCGGAUUGUCGUUGAUUCAGAACUGAGGAAAAGAUUUGAUGUGGACUUCACUGAAAUUCACAGUUUUAUGACUCGGUCAGAGGCUGUUUUGCAAAAUCCAGAGUUCUCAGUUUCCCGUAAGGAGGGCAGUGUGGCAGACCUUUAUGAGAAAGUGCUGGCAAUCGACAGGGAAAAACCAGAAAAGUUCAGGAAGUUGCAAGAAGCCACUCGUUCAGCCCAGGCUUUGGUGGAUCAACUCACUAACGAUGGUCAGAAUUCGGAGGACAUCGAGCAAGCGGCUCAGCAGUUACGUGCCCGAUGGGUUGAUUUCUGCGCUCUCCUAGCCGAAAGGCUGGCGUGGUUGGCCUACCAGACCAAAGUCUUGGCUUUCUACAAUCUCUUCCAGCAACUUGAGCAGGCUGUGGCGACCGCUGAGAACUGGCUCAAGGUCCAAUCGCCGCCCGCGUGCGAGCCGGAGCCUCUGAGGAUUCAGCUUGAGCGUUGCAGGGAUGAGAUCGCUCGCCUCGCCGCUCUACAACCACAAGUGGACAAGCUGCAUGAUCAACUUCAGGAGCUGCGGCAGAAAGAAGAGACGCCUGUUCUAUUUGAUGCUGACAUCUCUGCCUUCCAAGAGCACUACCACCAAGUCCUCGAGGACCUGAGGGCCAGGGAACGACAGCUUGUUCUGGUCCAGUCUAGUCUUCCACCAGCGCGUUACAAGGAUGUGAUGGCGGCGCUGCUGGCCUGGCUGCAGCAGUGUGAGAAUAAACUAGCCAUCCCGUCCACAGCAGUGACCGAGUAUCCUGUCAUGGAGCAGAGGCUCAAAGACAUCAUGGCAAUUCAGGCAGCACAGAAGGAGCAUCAGGGUGACGUGGAUGACCUCAAUAAGAUGGCCGAGCAGGUGUUCCAGAAAGCACCUCCUGAGAUCUGUCAGAAGUACCGAACUGAGCUGGACAACGUGAUGGUGCGCUGGCGUCGUGUGUCUGAACAGCUGGAGGAGAACAUCCAGAAGCUGCAGGAUCACAUGACCAAAUUACAGCAGUUCCAGAAUGAUACGAAGACUCUGCAGAAGUGGAUGGCUGAGGUCGAUGUUUUCCUGAAUGAGGAAUGGCCAGCUCUGGGAGACGCAGAGGCUUUGGAGAAACAGUUGGAACAGUGCACGGCUCUGGUGAAUGACAUCCACACCGUCCAACCAAGCCUGAACGGGAUCAAUGAGGUGGGACUGGCCUUGAAGAAGGAAGCUGAGACACCGUUUGCCAUCAAAAUACAGAAGAUGCUUGAUGAGCUCAAUGCUCAGUGGGAGCUCAUUUGCAAACAGGCUUAUGCAAAGAAAUCAGCCCUGAAAGGAGGGCUGGACAUGACGGUGAGUUUGAGGAAGGAGAUGCAGGAAAUGCAGGAGUGGAUCACCCAGGCGGAGGAAGAGUACCUGGAACGAGACUUCCAGUACAAAACACCCGAGGAGCUUUUUAAGGCCGUGGAAGAGCUGAAGCGGGCUCAAGAGGAAGUCCAUCAAAAGGAAACAAAGGUGAAGCUACUGACGGAUAAAGUCACCAAUUUCAUUUCAAAGGCUCCUCCCGUGGCGCAUGAUGCCCUGAAGGCAGAAUUGGAUGUUUUGACUUCUAACUACCAGCGACUGUGCAGCCGACUCGAUGGAAAGUGCAAGACUUUAGAGGAGGUGUGGGCAUGCUGGUGUGAGUUGCUAUCUUAUUUGGAGUUGGAGAAUGCCUGGAUGGACCUACUGGAGAAGAAACUUGAUGAAACAGAAAGCCUUCAAGGAGGUGUAGAGGAAUUAGAAGAAGCUUUGACUUCCUUAGACACAAUGAUUAGAGAGCAUCCUGAAUAUAACCGCAACCAGAUCCGUGAAUUAGCCCAGACCCUUAUGGAUGGCAGAGUCCUUGAUGAGCUCUUACACAAAAAAGUGGAGGACUACAACACACGCUGGGAUGAACUAAUGCAAAGGGCUUUACAAAGGCGACAGCAGCUGGAGAAGAGCCUGCAGUGGGCCCAGGAGAACGACAAAACCCUGCGCCUUAUUCAGGACUCUCUGAACACCACAGACCGACAUUUGACUGCUUACAUAGCAGAUGGCAUAGAUGCUGCACAGAUUCCUCAGGAGGCACAGAAAAUUCAGACUGAGUUGAAUGGUCAUGAGACGACUCUUGAUGACAUGAAGAAAAAGGCUGUUGAGGUUGACGCAUCAGAGAAAGUGAUUGGAGAAAUUGAUGCAACAUACGAUAAACUAUUUCAAGUGAAAGGCAAGUUCCGGCUUUUCCAAAAGCCAGCCAACUUUGAUCAGCGGUUGAGGGAGUGUGAGCGAGUGUUAGAGGAGGUGAAAGUGAAGCUGGGAGUGCUGAGUAUUCGGAGUGUGGAGCAGGAGGUUGUACAGUCACAGUUGGAGCAGUGCAUGAAGCUGUAUAAGAAUCUGAGUGAAGUGAAAUCGGAGGUGGAGACGGUGAUAAAGACGGGAAGACAGAUUGUGCAGAAGCAGCAGACAGAGCAACCCAAGGAGCUGGACGACAGGCUGACGGCUCUCAAACUUGCAUACAAUGUUUUGGGUUCACAGGUAACGGAAGGAAAGCAGGAACUGGAGAAGAUUUUAAAGUUAUUAAGGAAGUUUAGGAAGGAGGUCAACAGUCUGACAGAAUGGCUGGCAACUACUGAUGAGGAACUGACGCGCCGGUCUUCGGUGGAAGGGAUGCCAAGCGAUUUGGAUGCAGAGUUGGCUUGGGCCAAGGCGACGCAGGAGGACACUGAGCGUCAUAAGCCACAGCUGAAACUAGUAAGGGAGUUGGCACAAACCCUGAAGGGUUUACUUCGUAGCCAGGAGAACCUGAUUGAUGACAAGGUCAGUCUGCUCAACUGCAACUGGAUCGCGGUGACGUCACGGAGCGAGCAGUGGCUGAACCUCCUGCUGGAUUAUCAGAGUCAAAUCAAAACACUUGAGCAGAACAUUUCUCAGAUCAACGCGUGGAUGGAUCGUGCUGAAGAAAAGCUGGACGAGAUGGACAGCCAGGGCUGCAUUGAGCAUGUCAUCAAGGGUUUGCGGAUAGAGCUGGAGGAGAUGAAGGGGAAGGUUGAAGCGGUGCAGGUUCUGGCGGAGGAACUUAUAAAGAACACAGGGGAACACUGUAAAGCUCAGGUGAAACCCAAGCUAGAACAGCUCAACCAGCGCUUUGACAUCGUCGCAAAGAGGAUUCUAAUGGGACAGGCCUCCUCUCAAGAGUUAGACGAGUACCACAGACAGGCUAAUAAAUGGCUCCAGGUGCUGGACGAGGAGAUUAAAUUAGGUGAAACUCUAAAAGAGGACGAUUUCCUGGAGGAUGCGGCCAUAGAUGAGGAUGCGCUAAAUGAAGUUUUCUUAAAAGGAGAAAGUCUCCUCAAGAGAACUCCUUCUGGGGAUAAAAGAGAGGCUGUCCGUGAGAAACACAACCUUCUUCAUGACAAAUAUGACACUCUAAAGAAUCUGAGAGCCCUGAGAAAGAAGAAGGCUCUUGCUCUUGCCCCGCAGUGGUAUCAGUUCUGUAAAAAAACCGAUGACAUGAUGCAGUGGCUGGACAAAAUCGAGAAGACCCUUGCAGAGCUUCCAGAUCCUCCCGAGGAGCCGAGAGUGAAAGCAAUCGGUUCUGAGAUUGAACAACAACGUCCAAAGUUGGAGGACUUGCGUGGACUGGGCCGAGUGCUUUCAGAGGGCGGAGCUGGCAAGCUAGUGGAGCCCCGCCUCCUCCCGGUCAAUAAACGCUGGGCAGGGCUGGACGUUAAAUUCAAUCAAGUGCGCCACAAAAGUGAGCUGCAGUUUUUGCUGCAGUGUAUCGCUGACAACGAGGCUCUGCUGAACUCUCCUGACCGCUGGUCUGCAGCAUUCAUCAACGUUUCUCAACAAGAAAAGUGCCUUAAGGAGGUUAAAGUGAAUCUGGAUAAACUGGAGAGUCCAGUGACAGAGGCUUUGGGAAAGGGAGCCUCUCUUCCUGAGGAGAGUUUACUGGUCCAACUGCUCCGAGCCAACUGGGAAAACCUUAAAAAGCUCUAUCAUGACAGACUCACACGCCUUGAGAAAUCGAAGAAAUUCAGCGAAGAGUUCAAAGCGCUUGACGAUUGGCUCACACAUGCUGAGAGGACGAUUAUGAAGUAUGAACAAGACCCCAUUAAUAAUAGAGACCACCUCAAGGAGCUCCAGGGAGAGUUUGAGAAACAGGAAGCAGCAGUGAAGGGGCUCAAUGCUCUUGGGACAGAUCUGACUCCACAGUGCAGUAAGGACGACAGGGACCACAUUAAACAGCAGCUCGCCUCUAUCAACUCCCGCUGGGCCAAAGUGUCCAACCAGCUGGCUAAGAUCAAGAGACGGUCUGCCGGGGCAAAAAUUGUUCUUGCCGAGUUAAAUGAAGACAUGGGGGAGUUUCAGUCCUGGCUGGAUGCUGCAGAUGCUGUAGCUUCACUUCCUGUAGAAGCAGGUCACAAGGAGCAGCUCAGUGCAACGUUAGAAAAAGUGAAGGCCCGGGUGGUGGAACUGCCGAGCAGAAAGCAAACUCUUCAUCAGAUCAACAGCAAAGGCUCAUCUCUCCCAGCUGAUAAAGUCAAACCGUUGGAGAAACGUUUGAAGGUUAUUAACAUGCAAUGGGCCAAGGUGUCCACUGAUCUUCCUGAGAAGCAGCGACAAAUCGAGGAUCUCCUGAGGGAUUUGUCUUUGUACCAGGAACAGCUCUCCAAGCUCUCAAUUUGGGCUUCCACUACUAAGAAUCAGCUUGAGCAGUCCCCUACUGCAGUAGACCCAAAGAUUGAGGAUGAUGUAAAGGAAAAGAAACCAGCAGUGGAAGCCAUUUUGGCAAAGGAGAGACCUCCAUGUCAACCAGAAAAGGGGCAGUUUGAUGGCCUCAGUGCAGAUUGGACAUCCAUUCAAGUUCUCCUCAAAGAGUGGCGAGACAAAAGUCAGCUCGCAGCCGUAACAUUGACUGGUAGUGCAGCAGGAGAUGCAGCCCUCGAUAAAUUCAAUAAAUCCUGGACGGAGCUUGAUGAUUGGCUCGCUCUUUUGGAUCACAUGGUCCAGACUCAGAGAGUAAUGGUCGGAGAUCUUGACGAGAUCAACGACGUGACGGUGAAACUCAAGUCAACACUGCAAGACAUGGAGCAAAGAUGCCCACAGCUGAACAAACAAAUCACUGCGGCGCAGAACCUGAAGAACAAAACCAAUAACCCUGAGACACGGGCAACCAUUACAGAGCGCAUUGAAAAAUUACAGGCACAUUGGGAGGAUUCCCACACCAAGCUGAUGGACAGGGUCAUUCAGCUGCAGAACAUGUAUAAGGACUCCAGUGAUUGGUUGGAGGCCAGAAAAAGGGUGGAGCCCCUCAUUAAGAAAGCCAAUGAAAAACUAGAAAGCGGGAAGAAAAUGUCGCACAGUGUUGAUGAUUUAAAAGGCCAAAAUGCAGAUGUCAAGCAACUUUCUAAGGAUAUACAGCAGUGGCAAGCUCAAGUAAAUGUCACCAAUGAACUGGCAAACAAACUAUUGACCCUGUAUGCAGAUGACGACACAAGCAAAGUUAAACAAAUGACUGAGAGCAUGAAUCUGGCUUGGGCCAACAUCAAUAAGCGUGUAGGGGACAAGGAGGCAGAUCUGGAAGCUGGACUACGGCAAUUGCAGCAUUUCUACUUGGACCUGGAAAAAUUCCUUAAUUGGCUCACUGAGGCAGAAACCACAGCCAAUGUCUUACAAGAUGCCACAUUUAAGGAGGGACUUCUGGAAAACCCUGCCACAGUGCGGCAUUUAUUCGGGCAAUGGCAGGAUCUCCAAGCAGAGAUUGAUGCGCACGGGGAGAUGUACCAUUCGUUGGAUGAAAACGGACAGCGUAUUGUGUCAUCCCUGGAGGGGACGGACAAUGCUGUGGUGCUACAAAAGCGGCUUGAUGACAUGGGGCAGCGGUGGCAUGAGUUGUGUAACAAAGUUAUGAGUAUAAGGCCGUAUCUGGAUACAGGUGUGGAUCAGUGGAAACACUUGCACAUGUCCUUGCAAGAGCUGCUCAACUGGCUGCAGUUGAAGAGGGAGGAGCUAGAACAGGAGAAACCAGUAGGGGGCGACGUGCCGACCGUGCACCAACAACUCCUUACGCACAAGGGAUUCAGAAGAGAGUUGGGUGCCAAAGAACCUGCAAUCAGUGGAACACUCGACAAUGCUAAAGCCUUCCUUGCCGAGAUGCCUCGUGAGGGUCUGAAACAGAGGCCUGGACAAAAGGAUGUAAGUCCUGAGGAGAGGGUUCAAAAUGUGGGCCGCAUAUUGCGUAAAGAAGUGGAGGAUGUAACGGUGCGCUGGAAGAAUCUGGGUGCAGCUGCUGUUGACUGGCAGCAACAGCUGGAAUUGGCCAUGGAGAGGCUGAUGGAGCUGCAGGACGCACAGGAUCAGCUGGACUUCAAGCUACGGCAGGCUGAGACUGUGAAGAAUUCUUGGAAGCCUGUUGGGGAGCUGCUUGUAGAUGAUUUGCAAAACCACAUAGACCGAGUAAAGGUAUUCCAGGAGGAGAUCGCUCCCAUUCAGGAUAAUGUAAAUCAGGUCAACCAACUGGCCUCCACAUUUAGACCACCUGACAUUCAGCUCUCUCCAGACAACCUGAGCAGAAUCGAUGACCUCAACAUGAGAUGGAGGCUUCUGCAGGUCUCCAUUGAGGAGCAUCUGACCCAGCUGACCACAGCCUACAAGGACUUGGGACCCCAGACUCAGAAAUUCCUUCAUGCGUCUGUUGAAAGCCCUCUUGAACGCUCUAUUUCGCCCAACAAUGUCCCCUACUAUAUCAAUCACCAGACCCAAACAACAUGUUGGGACCACCCAAAGAUGGCAGAACUCUACCAGUCAUUAGCGGAUCUCAACAACGUACGAUUCUCUGCAUACAGGACGGCAAUGAAGCUCAGGCGAAUGCAGAAAGCUCUCUGCUUGGAUCUUCUGGGCAUGUCUGCAGCAUGUGAGGCCUUUGAGCAGCACAAUCUGAAACAGAAUGAGCAAUUCAUGGACAUCAUGCAGGUGAUCAACUGUCUGACCAGCAUCUACGACCGCCUGGAGCAGCAGCACAGCAGCCUGGUCAACGUGCCUCUCUGCGUGGACAUGUGUCUCAACUGGCUGCUCAACGUUUAUGAUACAGGACGAGCUGGCAAGAUUCGUACCCUAUCUUUCAAAACAGGAAUAAUCUGUUUGUGCAAAGCUCACCUUGAAGAUAAGUACAGAUUUUUAUUCAGAGAGGUGGCCAGUGCCACAGGCUUCUGUGACCAGCGGCGCCUCGGCCUCCUUCUGCACGACGCCAUUCAGAUCCCCAGACAGCUGGGUGAGGUGGCAUCUUUCGGAGGGAGCAAUAUCGAGCCCAGUGUGCGCAGCUGCUUUCAGUUUGCCAAUAACAAACCCGAGCUAGAAGCUUCUGUCUUCUUGGACUGGAUGCGUUUAGAACCUCAGUCGAUGGUUUGGCUCCCUGUCCUUCACCGUGUGGCGGCCGCUGAGACAGCAAAGCACCAGGCUAAAUGCAACAUUUGUAAGGAAUGUCCUAUUAUUGGCUUCAGGUACCGAAGUUUAAAGCACUUUAACUAUGAUAUCUGCCAAAGCUGCUUCUUUUCUGGCAGAGUGGCCAAAGGUCACAAGAUGCAGUACCCUAUGGUUGAAUAUUGCACACCGACGACGUCAGGAGAGGACGUGAGAGACUUUGCUAAGGUGUUGAAGAACAAGUUUAGGACAAAGCGUUAUUUUGCCAAGCAUCCUCGCAUGGGUUACCUCCCUGUCCAAACCAUCCUUGAAGGAGACAACAUGGAGACUCCUGUUACACUGAUCAACUUCUGGCCUGUUGACCAUCCGCCAUCAUCUUCCCCACAACUCUCCCAUGACGACACACACUCGCGCAUCGAGCAUUACGCUAGCAGGCUAGCUGAAAUGGAGACCCGAAAUGGCUCAUAUAUGAAUGACAAUGUAUCGCCCAAUGAAAGCAUGGAUGAUGAGCAUCUGCUGAUCCAGCAUUACUGCCAGAGUCUGAAUCAAGGCUCUCCACUCAGCCAGCCACAGAGCCCCGCUCAGAUCCUCAUCUCAAUGGAGUCUGAAGAGAAGGGAGAGCUUGAGAGAGUUCUCAGCGAUCUGGAGCAGGAGAACAGGAAGCUGCAGUCAGAGUACGAUCGUCUGAAGAAGGCACACGACCACAAGGGGCUGUCGCCGCUGCCCUCACCCCCACAGAUGCUGCCAGUCUCGCCCCAGAGUCCACGGGACGCAGAACUGAUCGCAGAGGCCAAACUACUGCGGCAGCACAAGGGACGUUUGGAAGCAAGAAUGCAAAUCCUGGAGGAUCACAACAAACAGCUGGAAUCACAGCUCAAACGCCUUAGACAGUUACUUGAGCAGCCACAGACUGAGUCCAAGGUGAAUGGUACUGCCCUGUCCUCACCCUCCACUGCCUCUCCGAGAUCUGACACCAGCCUGGCCUCACUGCGUGUGGCCGCAAGCCAAACCACAGAGACCAUGGGUGAUGAUGAGCUGUCCAGUCCCUCCCAGGAUGCAAGCACUGGAUUAGAGGACGUCAUCGAGCAGCUCAACAAUUCCUUCCCUCACAGCCAAGGUCCUAAUGUGGGAAGUCUCUUCCACAUGGUCGAUAACAUUGGACAUGCCAUGGAGUCGUUGGUUAAUGUAAUAACCGAGGAGCAGGAUUUAGACUGAAGAUAUCUUCUCCUCGUUGCAUGCUUUUGUAGUGUCAACAACUGGACAGGAUAUGUUUACAAUGGGAAUAUCAAUAAAAAUCUAUUUUUCUGAAGGAUCGCGGUUCCACAUUGUAGAUUUGAUCUUUAGUAGUUUCAGUAGUUUCUUACGGAGAGUCUAGAAUUGUUUAUUAAUAAUAAUAAUUUAAAAAAAAAAGGUUUUUAAACUUCUAUGCAAUUGUACAAAAACAGAACGAAAGGUGCGUGAUAACAUGUAACAUUGCGUGCCACGUCUUUGUACAAAGUGGAGCGCAUUUUAAAAGUGUUUUAUCUAAAUGGGUGACUUGAGUAUAUGCAGGGGUUCUUUAUCAACUCAUUUUGUUUGUAACAAAAUAACAAAUGCAUAUUAAAAGGCAAGUCCGGUAUCUCUGUA